CUCGCCUUUAAAGAACCCUAGAUCCCUCUCUCUCUCUAAUCUCUAUCUAUCUCCCUGUCCUCUCUCCCUUCGAAUCGAUUCCCUUCGCAAAAUUAGCAACAAUCGCAAUGGAUGAUAGCUGUGCCGUCUGCGCCGACAACCUCGAAUGGGUUGCCUACGGAUCUUGCGGUCACCGAGAAGUCUGCUCCACCUGCGUCGUUCGUCUCCGCUUCGUCCUCGGCGAUCCUCGCUGCUGUAUCUGCAAAUCCGAGUCUCCCAUCAUCUUCGUCACCAAGGCAUUAGGUGAUUACACGAGGACGAUCAAUGACUUCUCGACGUUUCCGGUAGCACCAAAGGAAGGACGAGUAGCGGGAGGGUUCUGGUAUCAUGAAGACACUCAGGCCUUCUUUGAUGACUUGGAUCAGUACAGGAUGAUCAAGGCCAUGUGUAGGCUCUCUUGUAGUGUUUGUGACAAGGCGGAGGAGGAGCAAGGAGGAGGAGGAGGGGGUGGCCAAAGGCAUCAUCGUUUGAGGAUUAAGAGUGUUGAACAGUUGAAAGGUCAUUUAUAUCAUAAGCAUAAAUUGCAUAUGUGUGGUUUAUGUCUUGAAGGACGUAAGAUAUUUAUAGGUGAGCAGAAGUUGUAUACGAGGGCUCAGCUUAACCAACAUAUACAGACUGGUGACUCUGAAGUUGAUGGAAGUGAGAGUGAUAGAGGAGGGUUUGCGGGACAUCCUAUGUGUGAAUUCUGUAGGAAUCCUUUCUAUGGUGAUAAUGAGUUGUAUACUCACAUGACUACUGAGCAUUAUACUUGUCACAUUUGCCAAAGGGCGCAAACAGGGAAAUAUGAAUACUAUAAAAACUAUGAUGACUUGGAGCUUCACUUUCGCCGAGACCAUUUCCUUUGUGAGGACGACUCCUGCCUUUCAAAGAAGUUCAUAGUUUUCCCAAACGAAUCAGAGUUGAAAAGGCAUAAUGCCAUCGAGCAUGGGGGUAGGAUGUCUCGUGCUCAGCGAACUGCUGCUUUACAGAUACCGACGAGUUUCCGAUAUAGUCGUGGAAAUGACCAAGAAAGUCGUCGUGGAAGACCUCGAUCAUUCCGUCGCGAACCUGGUGGUGAUGAUGAUUAUAACCUUGCAGUCCAUGCUGCUCUUCGAUUAUCUGAGGCUGAGUAUUCUCGGCAAGAGCCGCCUGCUCCUCCUCCACCCUCAAACGCACCACCACCUGGAUUCUCUGAGAACAACGACAGACACAUUGAUGAUGGUGAUCCUCUUAUCCAACCAAUGGAAUCUCUAUCCACCACCGAUGGGGAACGCUCUUCGCGAUAUCUUCAAGCCGUGGGUAGUUCUGGUGGUGGUGGUUCACGUCUGCCAGAAUCUGCUUUUCCUCCUCUUGCUGGUCAACCUAGAUCUGGACAGAACUUGGAGAGUGCUCCUGCUAACACCUUGGCUGCUCGUCUAAGACGUCAAACAAACCGAACUGCGACUGCUACUGCUUUUUCUAGUCCUUCUUCCGGAUGGCCAGCUGUUAACCGAGGCCCUCCACAAGCAUCCAAUACAAGUGGCGGUGGUGGAAACUCUUCUUCCGGAUGGCCAGCAAUAGGUCGCACACCUGUACAAGCAUCUAGCUCUUCAGCUCAGUCUAGGUCCCAUGCCAGAGUUGCACAGCCCAGACCUCUUAGUUCUGCGAUUCCACAGGCUGCUCGUAAUGGAAAUUCGAUUUCUCACUCAUCCUCAGCCCCUAAUCUAUCUGAUACAAGGUCACUUCAACCUUCUCAUUCAGAUUUUCCUCCGGUUUCUUCUGCUGUUCGCAAGACACCAUCCACCAUCACACAGGGAACUUCAAACUCUCAACCACCUCCAGAUGUGCAAUCUGCCAAUAAGUCACUGGUAGAGAAAAUGCGAGCUGCACUUGGUCAUGAUGAAGAGCUGUUUAUGACCUUCAAAGAUGUAUCAGGACAGUAUCGUCAAGGUUCAAUUGAUGCAAGAACUUACUUGGAGUAUGUGAAAGGUUAUGGAUUGUCUCACUUAGUUAUUGACCUUGCUAGACUCUGCCCUGACCCUAGAAGGCAGAAGGAACUCAUUGAUGCUCACACUGCCAGUUUGAGAAACGACGCAAAGGAUAAUGGUCAAGCUGCUGCUGCUACUGCGCAGAGUUCGUCAUCUCAAGCUCAAGAGAGUCAAGGUUCAAAGAAAAACAAAGGGAAAGCUGUGAAGGUUGCUGAUCCAAAAGAAGCAGUAGCAGAGAACUUUAUGGACACAGUGAGAAGAUUACAAUCCUCACAGAACUUUCAUGAAAAAGAAGAAGAAGAGGUAAUAUCGAAAGAUAAGAAUGCCUACAGGUCUGACAAAGGCAAAGCGAAAGUGGACUCCACUUCAACCGGAAGCAAGCAGCAACGUAAGAAAACCUCCAAGUUUCACAGAGUACGGCUUGGUGAUGGAUCAAUGGCAGCAUUGCUAAAUGUCAACUCUUCUUACAGUGAGCCUGAACCAGAAUCAAAAGAUGGCAAUAACAAUAGUAACCAGAAUCAAACCGGUGGAGUGCCUGUACGUGGUGUUUGGCGUAAAGGAGGUGCUCAACUAUUCUCUUAGAGAAUCAAGUUUCUCUAAUCUUGUACAAGCUUGACUUGGCCGCAUAGUUUUUUAUGUCAGUGUCAAGGAGAGCAUUUUUGAGGAUGUUUUAUGAAUGAUAGACUCGGCUUGUUGCUUUUAUUCACUUCAACAUUUGGUAUGUUCGGUGUUUUCUUGUUUUAUUGGAAGGACUUAAAAAGAAAAGAAAUUGUACUAAUAGUUCAUAUCUAUUUUCAUAAUUUAUAUUCGGAG